GUGCCAGAAUAAGCAUCAGCAGUGGAACGCCCCAAGCUUGGACACCUUUUCCACUGGCCAUGCAGUCAGAGUCUGAGGGCGAAGUCAGAGGGGUUCACGGCCACAGGAUCACCAUGAAGACUACCAGUGUUCUUGUCCUCCUUCUGCUGGCAUCUGUCCACCUCUUUGCAUCAGCUGCACCAACUGGAGCACCAGCUAAUUCAAAUAGCACAGAAAAGACAUCGACAGUCCCACCGACACCGCAAACAACAUUGGCAACAGCUGCACCAACUGGAGCACCAGCUAAUUCAAAUAGCACAGAAAAGACAUCGCCAGUCCCACUGACACCGCAAACAACAUUGGCAACAGCUCAAUCAGAUGCUACACCAAAAGGCUCAGGGGACAUAAACAGCAAAGUGACACAACUGCCGCAAAUAACAACGUCAAGAGCAAAACCUGCGACUACAGCACCAGUCACUGGGAAGCAUGCUUCACCAGCACCAGCAGCUGCAGACCCCAAGACUCACCUGCCAGACAAUCCAACCCCGAAAACUGCCAAUGACACAGUGAAGCAACCAAGAUCUCACACUCCAAACUCAAGCAGCAACAGUGUACAUGACACUCUUCCAGGGCCUGAUGACAGCAUUGAACCUGCCCCAGGGACCAAUCAACCAGAUACACAAAAUGAUCAAGGGCAAGGUGCUGGUCCUCAGACUGGGACUGAUGAGAAAGUAUCCCCCAAAUCAGACAAAAGGCUGUGGUGGAUUCUGCUGCCUGUAAUCCUGGUUGCAGUUGCUGCUACCAUCAUCCUCAAAUUCAAAUGCAAGAAGGUCAACGAUCACACAGAAACCAUUGAUACUGGAACUGAGAAUGCAUCUUUCCAGAGCAGGCCCGAAAGCACCAAAGACGGUGUCAUGCUCCUGGGAGUAAAGUCAUCAAGCGGGGAAGAAAAUGCUGCUGCAAGAUAAAAAAAAAAAAGAAGAAGAAGAAGGGCAGAAACAUCAAGAUCGGCCAGUGGAUGAGUCACAGCUGUCACCCACGUACUGAAGAAUUUGAUGAUUUUUUUUUUUUUUUUUUUUUUUGGUGUGUGUGUGUGUGUGUGUGUGUGUGUGUGAAUUUUGUGAAACAUCUCAUGUAGCAGAAAGUAUUGAACAGUUUUCAUGUAUGAUUCUGUAUGCUGAAAGCAGUUUUAUGAAGCAGUGCUUGCGACUGUGAUCAUAAAUCACAGUGAACUUAUUCUCAACCAGGAAGGACUUCAAACUGCAAAUCUUCUAUAGGCAAAAUUUUCAGUAUACUGUUGACACAAACCUAAAUACAGCUGCACAGCUCAUCUCUGUCCAGAUGUUGGGCCGCAAAACAUGUUUUCUGUACAGUGCACUGACCUCAGGUCCUUCACGUAUUUGAUGUAACAAAUCACUGUUCAUUUCAUAGUUUUAUAAUUAUCUUUUGAUUGUGCUGUAACCCAUUGUGUAUUUGCAUUUCUUUUUUUGUUUGGUUUGUGUGUAUGUGGGUGUGUGCAGGUGUUAGUGUGUAUGUGUCAUUCAGUAUCACCAAAACGUGGCGUAAGAACAAGCCCUUUAGAGGUGUACUCAAUUUUCACUUUAUGUAUCUCCGUCAAGUAUUUUUUAAAAAGCAGUUGGUUUAAUAUUACAACGAUCUUCUCCACUGGAAACAUUUUUAAGCCAACAAUCUUGCCUUGCACAACAAUGCUGUGCAUUCAUAAACAAUUUUGUGUGUGCAUGUAGCUCAACAUCUUACAGUAAUGGUAGUUUAAGUAUUUUUUUUUUUAGUAAAUAUAACAUCCAAGCACAAUGAUUAAGGAAAGCAGAUGCAGAAGGUUGUAUUUAUAGACACUGGAACUUCUUUGUGGCUGGAACUUGUUGUUCAACCUCAAUUUCCUCAAUAAAUCACAAAAAAAAAAAAAAAA